AUGCCCGGCAGCCGCGAGCGGACAAGGAGGCAGGGACGUCGGCGGCACCCGCGGGACGGAGGGCCGGCACUGGGCUCCCGGCGCCGGCAGCGUCAGGCGGUGGCGGCGGGCGCCGAGCGGGCGCCGGCUCCGGAGGAGGACCGCAGCCAGCCUGGACCUGGCUCGUCGGCUGCCGUGGUGUCGAAGAAGGCGCCGGCCGCUGGCGAAGCGCGCGCCGGGGUGGAGACCGCGGGCGCGGCGCUGUCGUCGGAGGCGGCGGCGUCGUCGUCGUCCGCCGUGCUCUGCGCGGUCUGCCUCGAGGAGGUGCCGACGGGGGCGGAGGCGACGACGCUGCCGUGCUCCCACUCGUACCACGCCGGCUGCGUGCUGCCGUGGCUCGCCGCGCGCGGCGCCUGCCCGUGCUGCAGGGCCACUUUGCCGUCGCCGGAGAAUUAUAUAUUAACUUGUGAGAUCGAUAUGGAGUAG